GUGACUGAGCUGGUGUGUCUGGAGUCGGACCUCCAGGAUGGACAGAUGAUGGAGGUUGAGGUAGCGCAUCAUAACGUGCUGUUGGCACGCAGCGAAGGCAAAUACAGCGCCGUUGGCAACCAGUGCACACACUACGGCGCUCCGCUCAGCAAAGGCGUUCUGAUGGGGCAUAGAGUGCGUUGCCCCUGGCAUGGAGCCUGUUUUAACGUCCACACAGGAGACCUGGAGGAAUAUCCUGGCAUGGAUUGUCUACCUUGCCAUAAGGUCAAAGUUGAAAACAACAAAGUGUAUGUGUCCAUAAACAAAAGGACUCUCAAACAGGCGAAAAGAGUAAAGCGCAUGGGAGCCCGAGUACCGGGAGUCAGUCACACCAUCCUAUUACUAGGAGGAGGGUCUGCGUCGUUGAUUUGUGCGGAGACCUUGCGGCAGGAGAACUACGGUGGCAGAGUCAUCAUGGUCACCAGGGAUGACCUUUUACCCUACGACAAAACUCGACUCAGCAAGGUAAUGAACGUGGUGAGUGACAGCAUCCUGCUAAGGAGGAUGGAUUUCUUCCACCAGAACGACAUUGAGGUUUGGCUCAGGAAGGAGGCGUUGUCACUAGACACAGACAAGAGGGCAGUAACGUUUGAUGACGGUACCGUCCAGAACUACGAUCAGCUCUUCAUCUCAACAGGCUGCAGAGCUAAAGGUCUGGAUGUCCCUGGCAUGGAGCUGGAGAACGUCAAAAUGCUGGAGACACCAGAGGACGCCCGGCAGAUCCACACCGCCUGUAUGGGCUGUCACAUCGUCAUCGUAGGAUCCUCUUUUGUUGGCAUGGAGGUGGCAUCUUAUAUGACAGACAAAGCCACCAGUAUAACAGUGAUUGGCAGCAGUGAGCUGCCGUAUCAGAAGACCCUGGGUCCUGAAAUCGGCAAGAUUACCAUGAUGAUGCUAGCAGAGAAGGGCGUGAAGUUCUACAUGAAUGCUAAUGUGACAGAGGUGCGAGGACUGAAUGGAAAGGUGAAGGAGGUUGUGUUGAAAAGGGGGACUGUUAUUCCAGCUGACGUUUUGAUCGUUGGAAUUGGAGUAACUCCAAACUCAGAGUUCCUGCAGGGCAGUAAAGUACAGAUGGACUUGAAGGGAUCAGUCAUGGUUGAUAAGUACAUGCGUACCAACGUCCCAGGGGUGUUCUGCGGGGGUGACCUGGCCACAUACCCCCUGGCAAUGGCCAAAGACCAGAGGGUCUCCACUGGACACUGGCAGAUGGCACAAGCACACGCAAGGGUAGCUGCCCUGAACAUGCUGGGCAAGCCAACUGAGCUCAACUCUGUCCCCUUCUACUGGACCGUCCUGCUGGGGAAAACCAUCCGAUAUGCAGGUUAUGGGGAGGGGUACACUGAGAUUGUGGUAAAAGGAAAGUUUGAGGAUAUGAAGUUUCUGGCAUUGUACAUCAAGGACGGCGAGGUCACGGCGGCUGCCAGCCUCGACUACGACCCAGCCGUGUCUGUAAUAGCUGAGAGGUUUGCAGCAGGGAACGCCAUCACCACAACAGAGGCUCAAUCAGAUGACAUGAGCUGGCUGAAGCUAUCCUGA